UUCUAGUAUUAUGAUCUAAUGCUUUAUAUCAUAAGAAUUUUGUGAUUAAAAAUGUUUUUUAUUUAAUUAUUAGAUCCCUUAAAGGAAUUUUCGAGACAUGAAAUUGUUUUCCCAAAAUUGUUUCCGUCUUUUAACCACAUUACAAGCCCAUCAAAGACUUUAGAUUUGGUGGAUAAUGGGUUGAGAAUUGAAUUGAAAGCUUUUAAUAAAUCAUUUGAAUUACAUUUACAAAGAAAUUCUCAGCUCAUUCCCAGAGAUUAUUUCGAAAAACAUCGUCAAAAUGGAAAUGAUGUCAAAUCAAUGCCUCAUUUUAUUAAUCAAAACGACUGUCACUUUAGGGGACAUUUAGUUAAUCAAAGUACCAAUUCAUGGGCUGCUGUUUCAACAUGUGAUCAGUUAAUUAGUGGUGUAUUUAGCGAUGGAAAUGAUUUAUAUCACAUCCAUCCCAAGGAGAACAGUCGAGCAGUGAUUGUGUUUAGAGACAGCGAUUCUCUCCAUUCAUCCUUCAAAUGUGGUUUUAAAGGCGAUACUAUUACUAAUUUGUUAAUCAAUGAAAAUCGAAAUAAGAGAUCGAUUCCAGAUCCUUAUGAUAGUAAUAGUGGUUCACGUUAUGUCGAAUUAGUUAUUGUUAAUGAUUAUGAAGUGUUCACUCAAAACAAGAAGAAUAAGACCACUGUUUUUGAUAGAAGUAAACGGAUUGCAAAUAUAGUAAACGCUCUUUACAGUCAGUUGAAUAUAUUUGUGGUUUUGGUCGGAGUUGUCAUUUGGACCGAAAUGAAUGAAAUAACUCUAUCGACUGAUGGCGACCAAACCCUUACCAACUUUUUGCACUAUAGAAGGGAACGCCUUAUAUCCAUCCAUCCCAAUGAUAACGCACAGCUAAUAACGGGCUCUUCGUUUGAUGGCGGAGUUGUUGGCAAAGCUCUAAAGGGAUCCAUUUGCACUUAUGAAUACUCUGGUGGAGUGAACACAGAUCACAGUCAAAUUACAAGUCUUGUGGCGACUACUGUAGCGCACGAGUUGGGCCACAACUUCGGGAUGGAACACGACUCAGACAAGUGUCGGUGCGCUGACGACAAGUGCAUUAUGGCUCCGUCUUCGAGCACUAUUAGCCCUAAGCAUUGGUCUUCGUGUUCAGUGGAAUACUUGGAGCACUCACUCAAGCAGGGUAUGGAUCAUUGUCUUCAUAAUAAGCCGCAACAACUGUUUGGACCCCUUUGUGGCAAUGGGUUUGUGGAGAAGGGAGAGGAGUGCGACUGUGGCCUCAGGAGUCCGUGUGAUAAUAAGUGCUGUAAUGCGACCACUUGUAAACUGACGACAGGCGCUGAAUGCGCUGUUGGCUCGUGUUGUGAUAAAACUAAAUGUAAAAUAGUAGAUAAGAAUCAGGAGAUGAUUUGCAGACCAGCGAAAGGUAACUGUGAUUUGACUGAAUUCUGUGACGGAGUGUCCGAGUAUUGUCCGCAAGACCUCAAAGUACAGGACGGAACCGAAUGUAUCGAAGGCUUUGCCUUCUGUUAUGACGGCAGAUGUGAUACCCGUGAGAGUCAAUGCAAACUCUUGUGGGGAAAGAGUGGAGAGGUUUCUGAUUAUAAAUGUUAUCAACAGAACAUCAAAGGCAACGCCAAUGGAAACUGUGGUUAUUUGAAGCAAAACCAGUCGUAUAUCAGUUGCAAACUUCCAGAUGUGAUCUGCGGUCGACUUCAUUGCUUCCAUCAAAGCGAACAAUUGAAAUACGGGACCGAAAGCGCGGCCAUAUUAGCCAGAUCAUUCAUUCCCAACAAAGGCAAAAUACUUGCCUGUCGUUCAGCUAUGAUUGACCUCGGAUUAGAUACUAUAGAUCCGGGGUUAGUGCCUAACGGUGCCAAAUGUGGGACCAAUUCAAUGUGUGUUAACCAGAAGUGUGUUUCAAUCAAAGGAUUCCUUGAAAACAACGCCUGUGAAGAUAAUUGUAAUAAAAACGGUUUGUGUGAUAAUCAGGGCAAUUGUCACUGUUAUCCGGGAUUCGCGCCUCCAUAUUGUGCCCACACUAUUACGAGCGGAUAUUUCUUGACGAUUGCCAUGUAUAUUAUAUUUUUGGUCAUUUUGCCGUUGACUGCAAUCACAGCCUUCUUGAUAUACAAUUAUAACGAUUCCAUCAAAAACUGGUGGUUUAUCAAAGCCCGUAAGUCUGCCAUCAAAUCCCGAGCCAAACAGAUAUCUCAUCGAAAGCCUCCGAGACUUCCCGUUAAUUUUAACUCCGAGUCUCUAGAGAUCUCAAGUCCGAUAUCACUGGAAAUGGAGUCGUGCAGUAAUUCUGCUGUCAUUUCAACUAAUUUACCGCAAAACUCGACCAAAAUUUCAAAUCCAAGAUCUAAUUUUAAAAACACCACCAUUUCCUCACCCGUGCCCAACACUGAGAGCACAACCGAUUCAUUACGUCCCAUACGUCCGGCUCCUCCGCCUCCGAUCUCUUCUAACUCAUCCAUAUCUCGGACCUCAAGUAUGCGCUCAUCUAAUAGGAGUGCGUCGGGAAGACCUCUGAGUUUACAUUACGCGCGUCCAUCACAACCCCCUCCUCCACGACCUCCGCAUCCACAUAAUUCGACUCAAGACAACGAUUUGGCAAAAGUGCAGCCUUUGAAUGUCCCGGAAUUCAAAGCAGAUAAGCCUUUGCCACCCCUUCCCACCACAAAACCGGUCAUUUCUUCGCGAAACAACAGUCACGCAAAACAGACAUCUGUCGCCAAUCUGACCAAAAAAUUUGAGAAAUUUAAUCCUUAAUUAAGACAACUAUUUAUAAUACUAUUAGUUUUUAAAUUGAAAUUAUUUUUACAAAUCGGACGCCUCUCUAGUCUUCAAAUGAGUCGUUUUAAUCUCUUAAACCAAUUGCACUCAAAAAAAAGUACAGGAUUUCAAAUUUUCUCAUUUCACUCAAAUGUUGCUUUAUUUGCGGAAAAAAGUGCCACUAAUCAGAGGUUAAGACUUAUAAAACUUUCAGAUAUUAAAACUUAAUAUUUAUAUAAAUGUUAUACUUAUUAUUAUCAGUAGUAAUAUAUCGCAUCAUUGUUCAGUACAAUUUAUUUACGGUAUACAGUAUUAUAUAAAAGUGUAAAUAAGACAGAAACUAUUUUAGAAAAUAAAAACUAGAAAUUUAGAAAAGCCGUUAUUUAAAUAUUGUAAUGUUGAACUAGUCUCAGAUUUUAGUGAUUUUAAUGGUAUGUGGAAUGGAUAGGAAGGGUAUUUCUAUAAGUUUCAAUCUCUGAAAAGUACACCAAUUAUAAGCAAAUAUAAAUAUCGAGUCGCCAUGAGAUACUGUACCCGAAUUUCAUUCAAUUAUUCAAAUCUCAUGAAUUUGAGAUGAAUUUUAAAACGAGUGCACAUUUAUAGUGAC